GGUGGAUGAUUGGUUGACAUUAUGUGAGUAAAGUUGACGCACUAACACUGGGCGCUUACUAGGGGCGCUUAUGCCAGCGUGACAUGACACACGAUGGGCCUCAAGACCACGCCCAUCUGGCACUCCACGUCGCAGCGCAGUAUGAACCAUAGCCGUCAAUUCUGUGGCAGACGCCUAUAUCACGGAGAAGUGGCCUGAUCUCCUUGUUACUCCCUUGUCGCCAUUUUCCUUCGCUCUUAGUGCCUCGGGCAGUGGUUCUCGGGUUCUACAUCCACAACAUCGCCUUUCGUCAAUUUUUACUUUCGUCGUGCCGGUCACUCUACUAAGCAUAAUAACUUUUAUUCGUUUCGGUGAAGAUCAGAACGUCAAGAUGCAUUCCUCGCUCAUCGCCAACAUCCUACUCCUACUCUCAGUCUUCCACCUCGCAUCCGCAAGCCCAGAACAAACAUACCCAGCCGGAGCAGCUAAGCUCGAAGCCCGACAAGUCUCUGCCAUACCCUCACAAGCCGAACUUUGUCUCGACUACGAACGGACUGCCAACAUGUCCACCAUCGGUGCCAAUGGCUCCUACCGCACGGUCCUAAUGCAAAAGUCGAAUGUCGGCACCAUUUUUAACGCGCGAAUGAUGGACGCGGCGAUUAAGAAGCUGCCGAAGCUUACCGCCGAUCAGACUUUGAAUACUGUGUGCGGAAACUGGACAGAGAUUGCGUUGCGGGAGGCUGCAACAAACUUCACACAGGGCAUUGUUGCGCAAUUUACGACAGAGGGUUUGCCCGUGGGGAUCAAGGCUGGCCCGGAGGUGAUUGCGGUUGUCAGUGUUGUUUGCAUCGUAUUUUCGGUGGUUUGGGUCUUCAGCGGCUAGAGAAUGCUUCAAAGUCAAACGUUGUGGAAGUCCAGCUGGACUAGCAGGAAAAUGUACAGGAAAUCAUUACCCCAAUCACGGCGCAAUGGCAUGGAUAAGACUAGCUCAACAGAACCCAAAGAUUGAUGAAUCAAUCUGCAAAAUCCUCUACAUGACUUGCACAAUGCUCCCUUGAGGGCCUCAGCAAAAUCAUUCCCGUAAGCCUCCCCCACGUACCCUUUCUUACGCCCCUUCUUACGCCCCUUCUUACGCCCCUUCUCAUAUUCAUGCCUCAUUCCUACAAGAUUUCUAUUCACCACCCUUCUCUC